UAUGAAGAAAAAAACACUAUAAGUAAAGUAAAAGGACAAUAUUUAUAACAUGUUAUGGUUUAAAGACUUAAGAGUGGUUGAAAUGAUUUUUGAGACGGUGGCCAAAAAUGUAGUCUGGAGCCUUGUAGACCAGCUGCUAUAAUCCAACAUCAAUGAUUGGCAAUUAGUAUUGACGGCAAAAAGAAACAUGAUCAGGGAUCUCUAGAAGUUAUAUUUGCUCUAUUUUUUCCUUUUGUCCUGAUCCGAUCUGUGAUCCGAUCAGUGACUCUGAUCCGUGAUCCGAUCAGAACCGUAAGUGUUGUGAUCCGUUGCACCUCUAAAUGAACAGCCAACUGUUCUCAGGGAAAGAAUAGUCCUGCAGGCAUUUAGGGCAGGAACCUACUCUCUCUCUCAUGACUGUCAUGUGUUUACAGAGAGAGAGAGAGGGCGUGUGUGUGUGUGUGUGUGUGUGUGUGCGCGGGCUGAUUUUUCGCUUUGAUUUUUGAAAGCAGGCGAAACGUAGACACGCCAGUCUGCUAGAGCAUGAUAAGAGUUGAAGUCAGUCUGGGUUACAGGUGUAAAAGAAGAGAGAAAAUGCCUGUAGGAUAUUGCAAGUAGAAGAGAUUUAAUGUUUGUCCACCUUUUCUCUCCUUCCUCUGUCUGAUAGUGAGUUGUGCAAGAAAUGAGCAAGACACAUGUUCCUAAUCCAAAUGAAAUCAGUCCUUCAAUGUGUGUGUGUGUGUGUGUGUGUUUAUCUGUGUUGUGUGUUUGUGGUAAACUAGAAACAUAUGGCCUUGUUCACUACAUGAAUCACAGAGUAAUCACAUGAUACAUUGCAUUCACAGAUCCUUAAAAUGUCUACAUUUACAAUCCUCAAACUGUAGAAAGUUAACUUUUCCAUACAUACAAAAAUUCUUCUUCCACAAUUCGCAAAUCUAACCAUCCAUCAUCUUCCUAUUAUCCGGGGCCGGGUCGCUGGUGCACCUGGAAACCCCGAGACGUUCCCAGGUCAGACAAGAUCUAUAAUCUCUCCAGCAUGUUCUGGGUCUACCCCUCACAGCACCGAACCGCCUGUCCAUCUCACGCUCCAUUUUUACCCUCACCCGUGAACAAGACCCCGGGAUACUUGCUCGCUUGGGGCAGCGACUCACUCCAAACCCAGAGGGGGCAAUCCAGCGUUUUCCGGCAGAGAACGUGACCUCAGCCUUGGAGGUAUUGACUCUCAUCACGACCGCUUCACACUUGGCUGCAAACCCCCUGAAGGUCGCGUUCUGAAGGAGCCAACAGAACCACAUCAUCUGCAAAGAGAUAGUGUGGCGAGUUGACAGGAGAGCUGAAGCGAGCGUGGAGAGGCGUUGGGGCUUUCCUCUUCCACCGUCCUCUGCUUUUCCUUCGGCCCCCGUGGAAGCACUCAUCCACACCACUGCACUGGAACACACCCAUCACUGUAUGUCCUCCUUUCCCUCCUGUCACUGAGCAUGUUCUCUCUCUUUCUAUCCAUCUUGCUAAGUACUGCAAACCAGUAGAGACCUCUCAGUAAAGACCAUCACAGAUCAGUUGUUUAGAUGCUAAUCAUCCUACUAUGGCGACGCAGUAGUGUAUUUCAAUACAGUACUUCACAAGCACCCCCUCCCACCCCAAACCCAGCCCAAAGUCUGGCUCGGCUCCACAGGGUCCCACAGGCGAUGAGGAGGGCCAGGGGGUUUGUCUCUUUCUAGACCUUCUCCUCUCCACCUUGUGUCUUCAUGUUUUGGGGGUCCUCCGGUGCCCCCGCCCUCUGUCGACCCCCCCGCACCACGCCACCACGGCCGGCCACCCCAGUCGCCUCGUUGCCAUGCCGACAGAGACACUGGCUCCAGCCCUGCCAGAUAGCAAGGCCGCUGGCCCCGCAACAGCCUUCAGUUCCACCGUACCCCUCCGCAUCCUCAACAAGGGCCCCGACUACUUCAGGAGACAGGUGGAACCGAACCCAAAGCGCCUCAGUGCUGUUGAGAGACUAGAAGCUGACAAGGCCAAGUAUGUCAAGAGCCAGGAAGUUAUUAACGCCAAGCAGGAGCCAAUCAAACCACCCGUGAUGGCUAAGCCUCCCGCUGGUCACACCCUCCUGUCCAAGAGAGGCCCUGGGAUUGGUGGAGGAGGAAAUGGAGGCGGGAUACCUUUCAAAGCAUCCAAUAAUAACGCCAAGGCAGAUAUGUGUCCAACAAGCAGCGGCAGCAGCAAACGGGGGAAUUUAAACCUUGAGAUCCUUAAAAAUCUGCUUAACUCAUCCUCUUCAGGAGCAGGAUCUGAAGGACUAGGGGGUGGAGCUAAAAGUGCUGUGUUGAUGAGGUCAUCAGGGGGAAUGGCCAGGAGUUGGACGCCAUCGGGGGUGCCGUUAACCUACCGAUCUACAAUGACACUUAAUGAGCAACCACCAGACUCAGCUCCCAGUCCAAGCACCUCACACUCCCUCCGAUCCUUCUCCCAUUCCCUGAAGGUCCCUCCGAUCAACAGUGGGGGACGUCGCAGUCCACUACAGGGAGGAAACCUCAACCUUAGCAGACGAGGUGAAGGCAUUAUAGAUCGCUCUCGCUCCCCAUUACCACCUCUUCUCACCUCCCACUCCUCCUCCGACCUCCUGCGACUGUGCAAUGGCAAGCCACUUCGCAUGGCGCGAUCCAGCACCUCCUCAGCUCCGCCCCUCCCUCCAAAACCCAACCCCGUCACCCUACCUCCCCCGGCUCUGUCUUUGUCGCUGCCGCCCCCUCGUCCAACUCCAUCCCCCUUGCUCUGCGACAACACCGCCCCCCAGUUGCUACCUUGCGAUUUCGGAGAUCCUUCCAAUACUUCAACCGAUGCCAACCCGGAGCUUGAGCUUGGUUUAUCCGUGGCUCGUCGCUCCUCGCUACACAGAUCUAAAUCAGACCUGUCAGACCGGUAUGCCCGGGCGGGAGCUGACGUGGAACGCUUUUUUAACUACUGCGGCCUCGACCCAGAGGAGCUUGAGGCAGUUGGUCCAGAGAACUUUGCGCGGGCCAACUCAGACAUCGUCAGCCUGAACUUCCGAUCAGCUUCUAUGAUCUCCUCAGACUGUGACCGGUCGCGCCGAUCUUCUAACGAUGGGCUGUCAGACGGGGACGAGGACGAGGAGGAGGAGGCUGGGGAGCGUGUUCCAUAUGGCAUCUCGGCUGUGGAGCGAAAUGCAAGAGUCAUUAAGUGGCUGUACAGCAUCAAACAGGCAAGAGAGACGCAAAAAGUCUCACAUGUUUAGGGCAAGCACUACAGUGGAAUGGAUGUACUUUAAACUACAGGUGAACUGCCCCAUGUUUCAGAAGGGAUAGAUGGACCAGAAUCUCUCACAGGUUUACAGACUGUGAUCUUGUCGCUGAACAGAAAAUUUGUCAAAAUGCAGAGAUGGAUGAAUGAAUGGAUGCAAGAGAAAGCCUGACGUGUCUAACAAACCUGGUGAGGAAAUGAAUGAAGGGAUGAGGAAAAGGACUCCAGUCCACUUAUGUUUAGAACAUCAUGAACACUAUAACCAGAAAGGAAUGAAACUUGGACAGUUAUAUGAUCAAACUGUCUCAGUCUGAAGAGACAAACAACCAUGGGACAUGUCUGAGAACAACUAGUUAAUUAAUUGUUUCUCUAUGGAUAAUCCUACAGACAGUCUGUCAAUUUGCUGAAGUAACAA